AUGCAGAAACAUACACUAUUUGUAUUUUACAUCCUUUUUAUAUGCGGAAAUAAAUUACAAACAUAUGCAACAUUAAGAAUUGUAUGUUAUUAUACAAAUUGGAGUGUUUAUCGUGAGUCAACAAUUCCUAUUCUAUAUCCGGAUUCAAUCGAUCCACACAUUUGUACUCAUAUUCAUUAUGCAUUUGCUAAAAUUCAUCCUGUAACAUUGAAUAUUGAACCAACCGAGAAACAUGAUACACAUUGGACAGAUCAUCACAGUAUGCCAUUGUAUCAUCGAUUGUAUGGAUUAAAACGUCGAAAUCCACAAUUAAAAAUAAUUUUAGCUGUUGGUGGAUGGAGUGCUAAAAGUGAGGGAUUUAAUGCUGUAUUAUACAACGAGACAAAUCGUGCAAAAUUUAUUGAUCAAACACUGAAAUAUUUACGCGAUUGGAACUUUGAUGGUCUUGAUUUAGAUUGGGAAUUUCCUGGUGAUGUUGAACGAGAUGCAGAUAGUGAGUCGAAAAUCAAGUUUGAUGUUCUAGUUAAAGAAUUACGUGAUGCAGUUGAUUAUGUAUCUAAAAGUCAAAAUAAAACAUUUCUAUUGUCAGCAGCCGUGGCUGCUGAUCCUCAAAAAAUAGAUAAUGGAUAUAUUGUUGAAAAUUUUUGUAGAUAUUUGGACUAUGUCAACGUGAUGUCAUACGAUUAUCAUGGUCAAUGGGAUAAUGUUACGGGCAUCAAUAGUCCACUCUAUAAAAGUCAUACCGAUUUACCAAGUCACGAAGAAUGGAAAAAUGUGAAUUCUUCAAUUUACUAUUGGUUAGAACGAGGAUGUCCAGCAGAAAAAAUGAAUAUUGGAUUAGCUAUUUAUGGUAGAACAUUUACAAUAUCUAAUGAAUCAUCAACAGUCACAAUUGGCUCGGAAAGUAUUGGAGGAGGAGAAGCUGGACCAUUUGUCAAGGAGAAUGGUACACUUGCCUAUUUUGAGAUUUGUCAAAAACUUCAUGUUCUUAAUUGGACUAGUGUGUUCGAUACUGAAUCUCAAACACCCUAUGCUUAUAAUGGAAAACAAUGGGUAGGAUACGAUAAUUUAAAGAGUAUUGUAUUAAAAGUUUUAUGGGCAAAAACUGUUGGACUUGGUGGAGCAAUGUUAUGGACUUUAGAUUUUGACGAUUAUACGGGUUUGUUCUGUAAUCAUGGAAUGUUUCCACUAACACGGCGUAUUCACGAAAUGAUGCUUGAUGAUAUUAUUAAGCAUUUACCAUUAUCAAAUACGACUUCUGUUAUCUUAGAACAAUCGACUAGGCUAAAAGUAACAACAAUAAAAUUCUCAGAUAGACAAAAAACAACUAGACGAGAUCAUUAUCGAUUAUCUAAUCUAGCUGUAACAUGCACUAAUACAUCAACUUUAGAUUAUUUCUAUAUGUUUUUACUCUCUUUGGCUUAUAAAAUUUAUUUUUGA